CCAUGGCGGCACGGCACGGUCACAACACAUGGAACGUACACCACCACCAAUUCCGCGAUACAGAGUGGUUUUCUUCCGCAGAUGUUGGAUCCGGUAGAAGCAAGUAGUGUUCCCGUUGUGGAUGAUUCUACGAUAAGAUCCCUUUCCGACUUUCCGGAUCGGAAUGUGUUUCGUAGAGAAGACAGGUAUCCUGCCUUGAACAUUCCGGUCCGACGAACGGCAGAGCUGCGGAAAACCCUUAAGCAUGUCCUUUGGAGGCGGCCGAAAACGAAGAAUGUUUAUGAUGACGAAACGGAUCCUCAGCGCCGUAUUCUGGUACUUGCGAACAUCGACGAGGAUGCGUUUCGGGACGAAACGGUCCAACGACUCAUUCAACACGAGGAUUGUCGGAAGGCAUCGUACACCGUGACCACGGCGUACGAAAAUUACACCGUCGAGGAGAUUUUGAAGCAGCUACUACCGAAUGAAUCCGAAAUCCCGUCGGCAUUCGAAAUGGUGGGCCAUUUGGCACACGUCAAUCUGCGAUCGUCACAAUUACCGUUCAAAUACUGGAUCGGCAAGGUCAUGUUGGACAAAAAUCAACCCCGGAUUCGGACAGUUGUCAACAAAUUAGGUACUAUUGAGACUGAAUACCGGACGUUCGGAAUGGAAGUAAUCGCUGGCUACCAAGGAGAGAACUGGUCGGUUGUUACGGUCAAGGAAGAAAGAUGCACGUUUCGUUUGGAUUUCACCAAAGUAUACUGGAACAGUCGGCUUGCGGGGGAACAUCGACGACUAGUGCAGCAAAUACUUAAAGAAUCCCAGACCAAACCACUUGUGGUCGCUGAUCUUAUGGCGGGGGUAGGACCGUUUGCUGUGCCGUUGACGGCAUCACAUGGUCGAAGGAACCAAGUCACGGUGUACGCCAACGAUUUGAAUCCAGAGUCGUACAAAUAUCUUUUACAGAAUGUCCAAAGCAACAAAUGCACAAACAUCCAUUGCUACAAUCAAUGCGGUCGAGCAAUGGUGCACCAACUGCAAGCUGAAAAUAUUGAAGUCGAUCACGUGAUCAUGAAUUUACCCGCAUCUGCUCCAGAAUUUUUGGACGCUUUUCGCGGAUAUGAAGGAGUGAAACGACCGUGCAUACACGUACACUGCUUUGCUCCUAAAGCGUCAGAGGCAACGGACUACCAAGACGCGCUUGACCGUUGUUCAUCCGCGCUAGGAUGUACGCUUGAUCGUAUAUCCAAUGAUGUGCAUGUACAUGUGGUACGGGAUGUCUCGCCGAAUAAAAAUAUGCUUAGCGUUAGCUUUCUUCUGCCGGUUGAAACCCAGUCGCUGGUGAAGAUGAAACUGCAGCCGUUACGGACAGAGACAAGUGAGCCUGGAGCGAAACGCAUCAAGUCUAAUUGA